UUGAGAUGGAUGUGUUCGUUUGCUAAAAUCAACGCAAAUUGUUUUUAUUUGCGCAGAAGUGAUUUGUGCCUAACAAUAUGUGUUCGGAUUAUUGCGUGUUUCUAUUUCGAUUAAUAUAGUUAAUAGAUCGUAAAAAUUGUAUUAAACGAAUGUGAUACAAGACUCAGCUUAAGUGCAGUUUAUGUAUUGUGGUCAUCAUGCCGGGUCUUAUAGGUAUUGGUGAAUUUAUUGACGAAACUCGAGAGGAUUACAGUUCACCAACUACAUCGACAUUUGUUUCGCGUAUGCCACAAUGCCGACAAACAAUAAACGCUUUGGAAGAGACUCUGGAUUUCGAUCGCGAUGGCCUAACGAAACUCAAGAAGGCGAUAAAAGCUAUUCAUAAUUCAGGAAAUGCACACGUGGAUAAUGAAAUGUACCUGUCGCGGGCGCUGGAGCGGCUGGGGGAGAACGCGCUCAGCAAAUACUCGGAGCCCGACAUUGGUGCAGCUUUCUUCAAGUUUGCCGUUGUCACUAAGGAACUAUCGGCGCUCAUGAAGACCUUGAUGCAAAAUAUAAACAAUAUUGUGAUGUUUCCCGUGGACAGUCUUCUGAAAGGAGAUUUGCGGGGUGUUAAAGGUGAUCUUAAGAGGCCUUUCGAUAAGGCAUCCAAAGACUAUGAGUCGAAGUACCUGAAGAUAGAGAAAGAGAAGAAAUCACAAGCGAAGGAAGCUGGUCUCAUCCGCAGUGAAGUUACCUCAGCGGAAAUUGCCGAUGAAAUGGAAAAGGAACGAAGAUUGUUUCAGUUGCAAAUGUGUGAGUACCUGAUAAAGUUCAACGAAAUAAAAACAAAGAAGGGAAUCGAACUGCUGCAGCACCUGGUGGAGUACUAUCACGCACAAACAAAUUACUUUCAAGAUGGAUUAAAGACUAUUGAGCACUUUGGCGUUUACGUUGCCGACCUCAGUGUACAGUUGCAGAAAAUUAGGCAGCAGCAAGACGACGAGCGACGGCGUCUUUUAGAACUGAGAAAUAUGUUACGAGCAGCGACGCCGCAAGACAGAGAGGCUGCAGCGGCGGCGGGCGGCUAUUCGCUCCACCAAUUACAAGGUGACAAGCAGCACGGUGUAACUCGAAGUGGGUAUCUUCUGAAGAAAUCAGAAGGCAAAGUCCGCAGGGUAUGGCAGAAGAGAAGAUGUAGGGUUACCGCAGAAGGUUUCUUGGACAUCUUCCACGCGGACGAGAAUAAAACUCCAGCCAGGGUUAACUUGUUGACGUGCCAGAUAAAAGUAGCUGCAGAGGAUAAGAGAGCGUUUGAUCUAGUCUCAUACAACCGAACAUACCAUUUCCAAGCUGAAGAUGAAAACGAACAGAGGGCGUGGACGUCAGUGCUCGUCAAUUGUAAAGAAGGAGCGUUGAUGAGGGCAUUCCAUCAGCAGGCUGGGGAGAGCAACGACAAUGGUCAUUCAUUGAUGGACUUGCAGCGUUCAAUAAUACGAGCGGUGCGGUCGUUGCCUGGGAAUCAAGUGUGUGCGGACUGUGGUUCAACGAAUGAUCCAACAUGGCUGUCAACAAACUUCGGUGUGAUUGUGUGUAUAGAAUGUUCUGGAAGUCACAGGGAAUUGGGUGUUCAUAUAUCAAGAAUUCAAUCAUUAACAUUGGAUAGGUUAAGCACAUCCCAACUGUUACUGGCCAGGCAUAUGGGAAACCAGCUGUUCAAUGAGGUCAUGGAGAAUACUCUGGACGAAAGAGACAAGCUGACGCCAGAGAGUACUAUGGAGGAACGAUUAAGGUUCAUACGAGAGAAGUACGUGUACAGAACGUGGGCCGCGAGGACCUGUAGGGACGCAGCCGAACGGCUCUCGGAAGUAGAGCACGCAGUUAACAACGGUCACCUUCAGAACUUGCUGCAAGCGUACGCAGAGGGUGCGGAUUUUGGUUCCUCUUUACCUAGUUCGGAUUGUGGCGAGACAGCGCUACAUUUAGCCAUAUCGCGUGAACUCGGCGACGGUUCAUGUUUGCACAUAGUCGAUUUUCUAGUCCAAAACGGUGGUUCUCAAGUCCUAGACAAGGCGACGUUGUCUGGUAUGACGGCUCUACAUCUGUGCGCGGCGAUCGAUAGGACGGAACCGAUGAAACUGUUGCUCAAAGCCGGUGCGGACUCGACGCUGAAGGAUGCGAACGGGAGAACCGCGUUAGCGAUUGCCAGGCAACUAGGUCACCACGCAUGUCAGGAACUGCUCGAAAGUGUGGAUAAAAGAGAGAAGAGCAUAUAUGAAAAUAUAAACAUCGAUUGGAACUUGUCGCACGACGACGGUUCGACGGAUUUCUCUGACGACGACACGGUUAUCGACGAAAGGUUCCUUAAUUUUCAGCAAAACGGUAGCGUCACGCCAGAGAAGAAGUGUCCAAGGUCACGGCCUCCGUCAUACGCGGGUACGUGCGGAGGGAGUGGGAUUGGUGGUGGUAGUGGUGGUGGUGGUGAUUCCCCAGUGCUUCGCUCCAGGUCUUCUACGUGUGACUCGUUGCAUCAUGCUCCACCCACGCCGACGACUCUGCCGAGAAAGCCAAAUGUUUACAACAUCGGCAGCCUGAAGAAGCGCGCGGCGCCGCUGCCGCCCGGCGCGCACGCGCGCUCCACGCCCUCGCCCUCCGCCGACGCCGCGCGCGCGCUGCACGGUUUACCGGUGUGCGCGGGCGCGGUGGUGAAGCACCGCCCGCAGCAGCCGCCGCCCACGCCGCCGCCCGCCGCGCUGCACAACGGCGACGAGCCCACGCCGCCGCCGCGCAAGAAGAAAAAUAGAUUGCAUCUGGAAAAUGCUGUUAAAGGAAAACUGAAAAGGGAAUGUUCUAGUCAAGAUUCGUCGUUAGAACUGUGCGAUAUAUCGGACGGUCUGGACGAUAGUCGAUUGCAGUCGGCGUUGUCGUGCGACAUUUCAAGGUCAAGGGAACGUACGAGACGCAGCGACAGUCGGUCGCUCGACGUAUCCGACACGUCGAGCGUACAUUCGAGAUCGCCUUCGACAUCCAUUACAAUGAUGGGCGGUGGCAUGAGGCGGUGUCGAGCGCUGUACGAUUGUUCGGCAGACAACGAAGAUGAGCUCUCGUUCCGGGAGGGAGAAGUGAUCGUGGUUAUCAACGAACGCACCGAGGACGACAACUGGAUGGAGGGUCAAGUGGAGGGAACUAGUCGACGAGGCAUGUUCCCCGUCUCUUUCGUACACAUGUUACCCGACUAAUCAGAAAGAGACGCAUAUAUGAUCAGAUGCUUCAUAUCUUAUAUCAGUCAGUAACGACGUGUUUAUAAUAACUACCAUGGUGUUUAGCUAUAUACAUAGCUACCACUUUAUAGGCAUGUCUUGACUAUUACGAAAAUAUCUUACAAAAUCCGUAUAGAGUUUUGAUUCAAAAUUAGUAUUUCCAUAGUCUUUUAGUACAGUCUUUAAAAUGAACUAUAGAUGAGUGUAGCUUAUUAUGAUUCAUAUCGUUUUUUGAAAAAGAUAAUUACAAAUGAUAAUAUUAGUUAAUAAAACAUGUGGAUUCGGCCAUAUAACAAAGUGAAAAAAUAAUAAUUUUUAAAUUAAAUAAAACAGUGAAAUACAUUUGGCCUAAAGCUUCAGCGUUCAGCGUUCAGUUGAAGAGCUAUGAGCUUAUUUACUCUAGCAUUUUAUAUUCAGUAUAUGAAUACGGACAUCUGUUUAAAUAAUGCACAUUGUUUGGUUGUUAUAUAAUGCAAGACGCUUCUCUGGUACACAGGGCCUCGAUGUGGUACACAUCUGCACAAACAUUGUUUUUAUACAAGAAUUUUAAUACUUCGUACAAUUUUUUAAUAUGACAUUUUGGAAUAUUUUAUUCAUCUUUUUACACAAUUUUAAAAUAGUUUUCAUAGUAAUUUUAAUAAAACAUUUCAAACGCUCAUGUAUGCUACAAAUUUAGAUUAUCAUUAUAAUGACUGCUUUUUAGUAUUAUUGUCAUCAAAUUGUAACACCAAUAUUUAUAAAUAAGUUUUGCCACAAGCUCCGUCCUGAUACGGAUAUUGAUUUCAAUACAAUAUUAAUAUUUUACGAAGUUGUUCAUAUAAUCAUUUAAUUUAAUAUCAUUGAAUAUUUAAAAACGCUCAAACUAAAUAGCAAUUGCUAUUUUAAAUGGAGAAUAAAUUUGUCAAUAUGUAUAAAAUUUCAUUUGAUGUUUCAUGUAGAAAGUCUGUUAUAUAUAUGUCUAAAGACUUUUACAGCUCAUAUAGUGAUUUGCCAAAAAAUAUAUAAUAAAUGUGAUCUUGUAGUUGAAGUUAUAUAUUAUAUAUAUGUAUAUAUAUAUAUAUUCAACGACAAACUUUGGACCAGUGACCGUUCGUUGUGUAGUUGUUCUCGUAGUUAAUGUCUUAGAUUGUUGCUACAUGUUGCAUAGAGAUUGUGUUCCUAAGGAUACUGUAGGCUGCUUUAUUUCGAUACAAAUUGUAUCUUUGUUAUAACACAAUGAAACGAUUUAAAACUUUCAAUAAGAAAAAAAACAAACAACGUCACUUUUUUUUUUAAUUGUACUUCAGGCAGCGGAUAAUAGAUUGUGACAAAGGAGUUUUUAAUAAAACAAUAUAAAAGUAUCGACGUAGCGUAUAGUAUCCAUUAAGACACUAACUUUUGAAUCUUGUUAUAAAUGUUAAAUUUUAUCAAUUCACGAAGAAUAAAUAAAGGCGAUAUAAAUUCACGCAAAUUUGAUAGUUGUAAAAAAAUUAGCAUCGCUAUUAAUAAUUUACAUAAUGUAAUAUAUUAUUGUGAUACAUUUAUCCGCGUACCACACAUUCCCUUGUAAUUAAUAAUUUAAUUUUUUUUUUUUUUGUAUAUUAAGUUGGAAAAUCCUAUCGUAUUCAUAGCAUUAAGAUUCGUAUACUUGUAUAGUUACCUUGAUUAACGCACGCGUUGCCAUAUAACUAGUAUUAUAAAAUCUAAACGAUGCGAAUUAUUUUAUUUAUAUAAAACAUCCCUUCGAUAUUUUUUUUAUAUUCCGUAGUCAUCCAGUGUUUUGUUAAUUCGAUAGAUUUUAUUCUAUUUAAGAAGAUAAUGAUAAAUUCGUGUAAAUAGUGUUUUAGUAAAAAAAAAAAAAAUUUAAUAUUAUUUCUUAAUUUAUUGUAUUUACAUUGAUUUUGAUGAAAUUUACGCGUAUUGUCUAUAUUUCGAUAUUAAUUUCUUGAACCGUAUUUAUUAUACCACAAAUAUUAUUGUGAUGAAAUAUUUUAAUGCCAUUUCAGCCUGCUUUGAAUUAUAUGCAACUUCCUCAAAAGUUAGGCUAAAUUUGACACGAGUUCUAAUAAAUAAUGAUCAAUUUAAGAAAACGAAGACGUUUUUAAGAUAUAAAACCCUGUCAUAUUUAGCUUGUAUUUCUGAAGAGGUAAUUCAUGGUAAGGUUUAGUAUGUUACUUAUUUAAAAAGUUAUGUAACCAAAUGAUGCUAUAGCGCGUAAGAUGUUUUAUUUUAUAAUGUAGUAUAUUAAAUGGAGUUGUAGUUGAUAUAGUUUUUUCUAUUGUGCAUUACCUGAAUGAAAAUCUGUAUGAAUUUAUCAAUACAUCAUUUCGAUGUCA